AUGGCUGCUCCUGACCUCGUCGAACCGGUCCUCCGUUGUCGCCGGGUCCAUGGUGGCAGCAUCAAACCCGACCCAAGUCCAACAUGGGACCCUAAAGAGCUGUCCCGCGUCUCGCAAGGAACGGGGCCUUUCAUUUUCCAUCUGACGUCGGACGAUCCAUAUCACAAUCUCUCGAUUGAGCACUUCCUGCUCACCAAGUCCCAUCCCGACUCGCACAUCCUUCUUUUCUACACCAACAGACCUUGUGUGGUUGUGGGCCGCAACCAGAACCCAUGGCUCGAAGCGGACCUGAAAAGGUUGCAAGAAGGGCUACCUGUUGAGAAGCAGGGGACCGGCGCGUUCAAAAGAGGAGGCGACAACGACACGGGGACGACAGGGUUGCUGAAGUUUCCUGAUAACCACAGCGAUAUGUCGCCAGAUGUCGUGCCCAUCGACCUCGUCCGCCGCCGCAGCGGAGGCGGCACUGUCUUCCAUGAUUCGGGGAACCUGAACUACUCCGUCAUCGUGCCGAACACUAAGGCUUUUAAGAGAAGCACGCAUGCUGAGAUGGUAGUGCGCGGUCUUGAGAGCCUUGCGAGUGCCAGAUCUGCGUCAUCGUCGUCCGGUGUCGACGGCGAGAGAUACAAUUUCGGCGCCGUUCGAGUCAACGAGCGCAACGACAUCGUCAUGCAAAAGCCAGAUGGAGCUGAGUGGUUGAAGGUCAGCGGCAGCGCGUUCAAAUUGACCAGGGGCCGCGCCCUGCAUCACGGGACAUUGCUCUACUCCAGCCCGUACGUGAGCAAAAUCUCCGACCUGUUGAGAAGCCCUGGGAGAGGCCUCAUCAGUGCCAAGGGGGUAGAGAGCGUACGCAGCAAAGUCGGGAAUCUCGCGUGGACACCGGAUCCCCACGAGAGGGAGGUGGUCAGAGCUGAGAUCAUGGAGGCCAUCACCAGGGAGUUCUGGAAGAUGUACGGAGGGGUUGACGCUCGCAAACCCGGGGUGGUCGAAAUCACCCUCGCAGCCGGUGCCGAACCGCGCAACGAGCUGGAUCCCGCAAUAGCAGCCGGCGUGCGAGAGCUCACAUCGCCGAGCUGGAUUUUCGAACAGACCCCCCGGUUCGAAUUUGCCAGCGGCAUGCUCGAGCACCACGAGGUCAAACUCUGCGCAAACCGCGGCGUCUUGAAAUCGCUGAUGGUGCGAAGCCCAGUCCCCGACUCGCAGCCAAGUACUGGGAACGAGGUGGCCUGGGCAAUGCGAAAGCUACAAUUCGGGAAGCAGGAAAGACCAGAAACGGAGACGGGAAAGGGAACCGAGUCGGAAGAGGUGGAGCCGGUGGUGCUAGAUGAGGAAGUCAAGCUACAUGACAUGAAGAGUUGGAAGGAGUUGCUCAACACUCGCACCAGCAAGCGUACAGCAAAGGCUAUCGAGAAUUCGACGAGCACGGGCACCGAGACAACGGACGUGCCGGAUGCUUUGGUCCAGAGACUCGAAGCCAUAUUUCCCAGAUAUAAACAGGGCGGUUAA